AUGUCUGUAGCACCUAUAACAUGUCAUAUAUUGGACACCACAAGAGGGAAACCUGCAAGGGAUGUUAACUGUCAACUUUUUUUUUUAUCUCCAUUGAUUAGCAAUCCUAGUGAAGAAGGGGCCUAUGAGCUUAAUGCGGAUGUUAAGCCGUUUGCUAUGAAUAGGACUGACAAAGAUGGAAGGAUUAAGAACUGGGUUUUGAGUCCUAAUCUAGAUGCUGUCACAAAAACAAAGCUAGGGAUCGAAGGUGACUAUAAAUGGGACACAUUGAGCCCAGGAAUAUACAAAAUUAAGUUCCUAACGGGUAAGUAUUUUUAUGACACUCAACAGACAGCUAAUCGUACCUUCUUCCCCUUUGUCGAAAUCGUAUUUCAGAUAGAUAAUCCUCCGGAUCUCCAUUAUCAUAUUCCAUUGCUAUUAUCCAACCAUAGUUAUACUACAUAUCGCGGAAGCUGA